GAGAGAGAGAGAGAGAGAGGCGCAUCAGGACUGUUGUAGCUGCUAGCCUAACUGUUCAUAGUUCAAUGUUCCUUGUCCCGCUCUUACUCUAAUGUGUAUUUGCAUCUGAGGUCAGCAACAAAGGAAUUUCCUCAUGAGUUGAGAAGAGAGACUCCAAAAUUAUGACAAUGAGUUUCUUUGGAAAAUUGAAGAACCUACACAGUGGGCCUCCAGCUCCACCCAAAAGAAUAGAGAACAAUGCGGGGUAUGGUGGCUGGCCAGAAGAUGAGUUUGACGAUGAGGAUGGGAACACAUAUGAGGCUCCCCCCUGUGAGCGACCGGCCAUGAAGGUUCCUCCCAGACAUGUGGAGGAGAACGUCUAUUUAGAUAGUUCUUCAGAGAGGUCCAAUCGUGUUCUUCCCAAAAGACAGGCAGCACCACCCCCAAGGCCAGCCAAGAUGGCGCCCAUGGGCAAAGCAUCGAAACAGCAGCCUCACCAUCAGCCUGACCCUGAGGAGUUCUACAUCGACCCCAACACCAAGAAACCUCCUGAGGUAGACAGAAAGGAGAAGCCAGGGAAAAGGUCUACUCCUAAGAAGUCUGCCCCUCCUCCUUCCCGCCCUGCCCCUGCUCCCACCCCUCCCCCUGCAGAGGAAGAUGUCUACCUGGAUCCUAAUGAAGGACAGGCAGACAGUGAUGACCUGUAUCUGGAGCCCACAGCAGCUUGCCCCCCUGCUCCUCGCGGGCCCGUAAGGAUGCCCCUCCUACCCAAGACAGCAAUUGCCCCUCCCCCCAUGCCCAUAAAACCUCCAGUACCCAGAGCCAAGUCGAGUUCUCUACUGGUCAGUGAGGCAAAAACAGCUCCUCCGCCUGAUGUGAAACGCUCCACGUUCCCUGGCAAGCUGCCCCCACCCACCCCAGGCAUCAAACCCCCCCUCCCUGCAUCCCUAAAGGAACCAAAACCCAGCCCCCCUCCCCCGCCCAUUAUAGACACUACCGCAGCAGUUUCUCCCUCUGGUAUGAAGACAACCAUGCAGGCAGGAAAGGAGGAGAAAGAGUGGUUCGCUGGAAACUGCAAUAGAAAGACUGCUGAGGACCUCUUAAUGCAGAUCAACAAGGACGGGGCAUUCCUGAUACGUCACAGUUCAGCCCAGAACGCCCGUCAGCCCUACACACUGGCUGUCCUAUACAGACAGAAGGUCUAUAACAUCCCCAUCCGCUUUCUGGAGGAGACGUGCGGCUACGCCCUCGGAAAGGAGGGCAAGAAGAACGAGGAGCUUUUCAGUAGUCUCCAGGAGAUCAUCUCUCACCACAAGAAUAACCAACUGCUGCUGAUCGAUAGCAAGAGUCAGGCCAAGCACACCACGUAUCUCACCCAUCCAGCCCAUCCAUAAACUACAUUAUCCAUAACCCACACACAAUAUAUAUCACCCACCCAGCCUGACAAACUACACUACACUACUAUAGGGUGGCAGGUAGCCUAGCGGUUAGAGCGUUGGGCCAGUAACUGAAAUGUCGCCUAAUUUGCUCCAGGGCCGCCGUGCUACUAUUGCUGACCCUGUAAAAAAAAAACACAUCACUGCACCUGUACAUUUCACUUCGCUGUAUGUGACAAUAAAACAAAAAUAUUUUCAUAACCCACAGAAAUGUGUAUCUCACCUACACCAGCCCAUUCAUAAAGUACAUUAAAUGCUACCAUUAAUAACUAAAUACAUUUGAUAACUUGGAAAUACUACCUUCAAUCGUCAUGUUCCUCACCACAAGAUAUCCAUUACAAACCCUUGUUUUUGUUUUGUGAUGAAAAUGGCUAGAAGUGUACAUAUUACCGUAUAUCUGUGUACUGUAUGUGUUUGUGUGUUUAAGUAUGCUGUAAUUACAUCUGUAUGACUUUAUUAACCUAUUUUUGAUUUAAAUUAGAUUAAUUUUAAAAUGCUUGCACCUGAAUAGAGUAGUGAGUAGUCUAUGAAAAGGUAUAUUCAAUACCUCAUUCUUGCUCUGAGUCUUUAUGCAGUGCUCGUUUCAGUGAGUGAUGGGGAAUUCAAUUUUGUGUCUACACCUGUGUUGUGACUGAAUACUGUGUAAGUGGGCCAUCUGUAAGUUUCUAUUUAUAUAAUAAUAUAGUCUGAAAUGUUUUGAAA